CAUGUAUGGUCAUGCAACAGGGAAGCUCCACUUGGAUCAUUUUAGAGGACUUUCUGGACACCAAACUAUUUGGUUUUUUUCUGUCCUUCUGUCAGAUAUUCAGUUCCCUCUGCUCCAUACCCCUAAAAGCUGCCCAAAGAAGGAUUUUUCUUUAUUUUCUUUUUCCAGCAUAUUGCAGCAAUUUGAGGAACUGGUAGCCCCUGUGACAGAGCCCUACAUAAAUGUGACAAAAAAAGGUGUCUCUGCCCUGAGCCAUUUCAAAUGGCUCUGCAAGUCAGGGCCACUGAGGAGUCAAAUAUGCUGCACAGAAGUUGAAGAUGGUGUUGGUCCAUACCCAGCAGGGAGAAUCUCGGUGUCCUGCAGCCACUACAAGAUGUCCAUCUCCAUGUGGCUGCAGGACAAAGGGCCAUUCAUCACGCUCCAAAGUGCUGCAAAAGGCUCCCGUGUUCCACCGGAGAAGUGCCUGCGUUUGAAUCCAAGCGAGAAAGUUUUCUCCCGGUGCUCCAGGCUGCUCCGGAGAGUAAUGGAGCUUGGCGCUGCUUUAGGAUCCUUUUGGGUGAGAUAUGGGGGCAAGCACCUUGUCAUGCGCCGCUCAGGCUCCAGCAAAUCUGGAUUUGGUCCUCAGUGCUCCUGUGUCCGGAAAGGGAGAGUGGAGAGCGCAGAGCUGAGUCGGAUUGGGCUCCCUACCCUAACAGGGUGACCUGAUAAAUUGCCACCAGUCAGCUGAACCUCAGUAACGGCCUCUCGGCUCGCAGCUAAAAUUAGCUGAAAUGGCAUGAAGAGAAUUGCUGAAACCUCCACGAAAGUGAUUUAAGCCGAAGCACGUGACCUCGCAUUUGUCACGGGCCGGAGCACGCGCAGGCCUGCUGGCACAGCGCAGGUGAUGUGCGGGAGCGUGUUAAGACGAGGAGUCUCAAUCCGUAACUCUUAACUCUGGUAGCUGGACUGAAUGCUCUACCUGUGACCUCAUCUCACAUCUCGCUGUUCCCCAGCACUGACUCAGGUUAACCCCCUUCUGCUGGGACCCAGCUUAAAGGGUCUUCAGCAGGUGUCGGGUUACAGCUGGAAGGGACUUCAGAGUGCAGGAAGGGUUAAUUUAAGAUUAGGAACAAUGUGUUGGCCAACUGUGCUUAUUUUCCAGUGCAGAUGCCAAGAUAACCCUGUCCAGUCUGGGCUGAGAUGGAGUGUGCCUACAUGGAGGAUGACAAAACCAAUAGGGUGGGAAGGUCUAAGCAGGAGGAGAUGUGGUGCCACAUUCCAGACUGUCUUGUUAUUGUUCCUCUCAAAGGUCAUCUGCUUGAUCUUUAAUUUCCAAGACUGGGUGCUAAGGGCUUUGGGGUCACCAUGCCUUCUCUUCCAUGAAUCCAGCUGCCCCAGAGUGGGUGCCCCUCCCAGACUGGCAGCUCAGGCUGCAGCUCCUGUGGUUGCCCACUGUGGAGCAGUUCUACCUUUGCAUGGCUGUUCUGUGUGUGGGAAAGGAUUUCAAGAAACAAUUGACCAAAUGAAACCUCCGUAAUGCUUCUAAAUACUCAAACACAUUAGACAUGCCUGCCCAGCUCAGAGAUAAAUUAGAGCUAUUAUCACUAGAGCCCAGACAAACAAACGGAGGGCUCUCUCCAAACAAGGCAUUCACUCAAGAGACUGGAUUUACAAGGGUCAGGGAAGCAGCAUGAGCUGCAGGCACUUGCUUUCUUUGGAAACCUGUUUAAAUUGGCCAUAUUGAUUGGUGUAGAAGGAGGGGAGAGAGCACAGCUCUGCCCUUCGGAAUGUGGGGAGUCACCUCUGUGCAGGGACUGCGGCGCCGUGACGUAUUAGCUGGCAUUUUUCCUCUCCAUGUCUUCUAUCAAAACUGGAAGUCAGAGACUGAUCCAUUUUGCUUUUCUCCCGUGUGAUGGUUGGGAGAUCAAGGUGUGCAGGAGCACAUCAGGGAUGCCAAGGCCACUUUGCCUUGCCCUUGGAUUUUUGUGUUUGCUUCCAAGGAAGGAUGGGGAGCCAAGCUGGUGGUAAGGUGGCACUAAGAGAGAGGCCAGCUCAAAUCAGCAUCUUGGGCAUCAAGGAAACUGCCUGAAGGGGUAAAUGGAAGCCAGAGUGUGUAUUUUGGGCUGGAUUUUGCAUGGCAGCUAAAGGAAGGAAGGAGCAGAUGCAGAGACAAAAAAGGAGUAAAGAAAAAGAGAUGAUUAUUCUGCCUCCUUGCUGUGUUGGGCAGCCAGUGCUCUGGUGCAGGGUCUCCAGCACAGCUUUCCACUGUGGUGUCCAGGAGCACCACGCUGGGGCUGAGCGUGACAGAGGCUGGGACUCAGAGCCUGGCUCAGGCAGUGUGUUUGGAGAAGGGCCACAGUCAGAGCAGGGUUUCAGCUCUUGGCUGGGCCCCCUGAGCAAGCCUCCUUGAGACUGGGGGAGCCAGGCUGGGGGGAGAGGCUGGGCUGGGAGAUGGGAGUUCUGCAGCAUCACGACCCCUGCCCACUUGCCUGGCAGCUCAGGCCAGCAGCACCCAUGGAGGCUGUGAGGGUGUUAUUCUCUUCUGAGAGAUGCUCUUGAACAAAAAACUUGAUCCUGAACCAGAGUGUUGCUUUUUGGAAGAUGUCCAGUCUCCAUGCACAACCUCUGACUGAUGUUGAAUUUGCCAUUUCCCUUGGUAACCAGACCUGGUGAUUAACUACCCUCCCUGCUCAAAAUUGUCUUUUAUUUCUCAUGCAAGGUUCUCUCACUCAGUGUUGUCAACUCCCACUAUUUAUUUUGGGUUUUGCUGCUUACUGUGCCUUUUACCUGUAAGCCUAAUGAACAUGCCAAUCUCAGCUAUUUUCACUCUGUGGGUAUCUGGGAUCAAGUCACGACGAAGAUUUUCUUUGACUGCUGAGCAGACAGAGCCCUUUCAGUCUUUUGCAGGGUUGAGCACAGGCAGAGCAGAAGCUGUGCUCGCCACUGCCUUGAGCAUCUCCCAGUGCGUGGGAUUUUAUUUAAAGUCCCAGCCUCUGGACUUGAGCCAUUACAGGGACCUUCCACUCUUUAUUUUGCAGAAACCUGAAAACAAUUACUCAAAAGAGAAACAAAAAUAAUUUGCCGGUUUAUUUUUUUUUUUUUAAUGCAUCAAGACUUCUGUGAUGUUUUGGUUUAUUGUGAGCAGAAGGGGUGGUGGGUGCUGGCUUGGUGAAUAAUUAGCAAAGCUGAGAACUUGCCAAGGAGACACUGUGGGCCUCAGGGGGUGUCUUCUUCCACUGUGUGUGGUUCCACAGGCAGGGCAGACACUGACCUGAAAUUCCUACAGAUCUUCUCCCUGCUCAGCACCAGCGUAGAUUUAGUUAAUGUGGGUGGCCCAUAUGACCUCGACAUCUCUGAAUUUCAAGUGUUCAUCUUCUGCAGGUUUUUCUGCAUUGCUGGGCAGGCUGAAGGGCACAAGUGGCCUCACCAUCAGUGUCAUGCACGUGGAGGGAGAUGGAGUUUAUUUUCCAGCUUCCUUCAAGGGUCAGAGGUCCACUGCGUUGUGUCAACCUCUCUCAGCUGAGCUAACGUGCUUCAGUAAUCCCAAGACUUCAGAUUUUUUCAUCUUGCACUGUGUCUGUCACCCUCCCCAUAUCUCCUGGCACUGCUGGUAUAAAUUAGAAGCAUUUCAAAAUGAAACAGCAAGAUACCUUGUUUAAAAAUAUUGAAAUCAUGUGUUUCCCCUUCCUUCAUUCCUCUCUUUAUAUUUCU